AGGGACUCCCACCUCGCUGUCAGUAAUUCAUUAACAAGUCAGGCGAAGGGGAUCCGGAGCGGAAAUUGUCCCGGCGGCUCCGUGUUCCGAACUCCUCCGGAUUUACGGUCUCUCGAGCGAUACAAAAGUGACCCCUGGGGCCCAGCGCCUCGCUGGCACCUUUCCGUGUGUCCCGGGAGGCGAGGAGCCCUGGUAGUGACGGCCCUGAGCAGCUGUCCCCGUGGGUGCUUUGAUCAUCUGGGGGGGAGGGAACAACCCCCCACCCAGCCAAACUGUCUGCGGAGUCCCCUCCAGGCCAUGCACGGGUUUGCCUAACGCCUCUGAUGGAGCCGCCCGGCAGCUGCACCUGCCCGGAUUGUAUCACACCCAGCGCCGUGGGAGUGAUCAAUAACUCCGUCUGCUACCUGCGCCGCCUUAUUCCAUAGCGGGGGCCCGUUGUGAGCGCAUCCCAAAGCCCAGAUUGCCAGCGCGUCAGCCGGGUCCCCUCACACCGCUCCCCCCGGCAAGGGAGAGACGAGCACCCGCCGCUUGCGGAUUUUGGGGGUGGCGGUAGAUUCCGGGGGGAGAGGCUCCCACUCAGGGUAGCCAGGAGCUGUAUAGACACCAUGACUUGGAGGCGGCUGAGGCUCCCUGUUGACUGCUUGUGUUUUCAGGUUGCUCGGACCUGAAAUCUAAGCGAAUAAUCUCAGCGUUCGCCCAGCUGCUGCAGCUGGUGGUGUUACUGGUGAAGAGGAGGAGAAGGGGGUUUCUUUCAAUUCGAUGGAUCUGAAAUCAGAGUCUCUGGACCGCCGUUGUUUGGGAAUAUCUACAUGCUGAGCCUCUUUGGGGUGGCGCAUCAGCUCAUCGGGGUGAACCAUCUGAAGAGAACAAGAUGUUUCUUGCUACCUUAUACUUCGUUUUACCCUUAAUGGAUGUACUUCUGUCCGCAGAAGUGAGCGGGCUGUCUGGCGGGGACCGUCUGGACUGCGUGCGAGCCAGCGAUCAGUGUCUCAAGGAGCAGAGCUGUAGUACUAAGUACAGGACACUGAGGCAGUGUGUAGCCGGCAAAGAGAGCAACUUCAGCCGGGCGACAGGCCUGGAGGCGAAAGACGAGUGCAAAAGCGCCAUGGAGGCGCUCAAGCAGAAAUCUCUUUACAACUGCCGCUGCAAGAGGGGCAUGAAGAAGGAGAAAAACUGCCUGCGCAUUUACUGGAGCAUGUACCAAAGCUUACAGGGAAAUGACUUGCUUGAAGAUUCCCCCUAUGAACCAGUUAACAGCAGAUUAUCAGACAUAUUUAGGCUAGCACCAAUCGUAUCAGUGGAGCCAGCACUUUCAAAGGGGAACAAUUGUUUGGAUGCAGCAAAAGCCUGUAACCUAAAUGAUACCUGCAAGAGGUUCAGAUCUGCUUAUAUAACCCCCUGCACCAGCAGUACAUCUAAUGAAAUCUGCAACAAGCGGAAGUGUCAUAAGGCUCUCCGGCUAUUUUUUGACAAAGUUCCCCCAAAGCACAGCUAUGGGAUGCUCUUCUGCUCCUGUCGAGACAUAGCCUGUACAGAAAGGAGACGGCAGACUAUUGUUCCUGUGUGUUCAUAUGAAGACAAGGAGAAACCAAACUGCUUGAAUUUACAAGAUUCCUGCAAGAAGAAUUACAUCUGCAGAUCUCGCCUUGCAGAUUUUUUCACAAACUGCCAGCCUGAGUCACGGUCUAUUAGUAGCUGUCUGAAGGAAAACUAUGCUGACUGCCUCCUGGCUUACUCGGGGCUUAUUGGCACAGUUAUGACACCAAACUACAUAGACUCCAACAGUCUCAGUGUUGCCCCAUGGUGUGACUGCAGCAACAGCGGUAACGACAUAGAAGAAUGCUUGAAAUUUCUGAAUUUCUUCCAGGACAAUACAUGCCUUAAAAAUGCAAUUCAGGCCUUCGGCAAUGGUACAGAUGUGACUGUGUGGCAGCCAAUCCUACCAGUACAAACCACCACAGCAACAACUACGACAGCUUCCAGAUUUAAAAACAUGGGCUCAGAGAGCACCAACAAUGAAAUACCCACCCACAAUGAUUUACCAGCAUGUGCAAAUCUGCAGGCACAGAAGCGGAAAUCCAACGAAUCUGUAGACACAGAACUCUGUCUUAAUGAGAAUGCUAUUGGGAAGGACAACACAGUCAGAGUCUCCACCAGUCACAUAUCGUCAGAGAAUUCAUCUGCUCUUCCUACAAGCUUCAGUCUAAGCACACUGCUCAUAUUGAUGACAAUUGCACUCUCAAUCUCUUUGUUCUUAAGUUCAUCAGAAACCUUGUAGCUGCAUUACAAAAGGACACGUUAAAAAAAAAAUCUGUUCCCUGUCCUCUGUUGUUUAUCUGAAAUUCCAGUUCUAGGAGCUAAGUUGAAGCACUCUGCUAAAACAGUUUCAUUCAACUGGAAUUUUUCUUUCUUUUUCUUUUUCCUUUUUUUUUUUUAAAGCUUCUUGUGAUAUUUAGGGGCUUUGUGAGAUAUUUGAUGCAGUGGUACAUUCCAAACCCAAAAGGCUUUUGGGCAUGCAGUGUUUUAAAGAGACAGUAUGUAAAUUUGCCUGUAAAGCAAUCUGUUUGGAUUUUUUAUUAUUAUUUCAAUUCUGGCCUUUACCUGAGAAGGAAGAUGUCAGUUUUCUUAAGAUCCUAUUUAUCUCAUAUAAUGAUUUUGAUUUUAAAAUUAAAUGAACAUCAGACUAACGAGGAUGCCAGGCUUUUGUCUCAUGGUGAAUGUUCUCCCAGAGAGUGGACUUCAUGAAAUGUCUUCAUUUGAUAGAUUGCUACUGAUGUUUAACUCUUUCAAUGUAUUAGCAUUCUCCUCUUUAAAUGUUUAUGUAACGUAAGUGGUUCUGCAUUCCCUGCUGAGAAGCCAUUAUAAGUCACAUACAGAUGUAAUGUACAUCUUUUAGUUAAAAUCUCAUAAAAAACAGAGUGUGAUAAACUUUUACUUUUACUAGUACUUCUAAAUUUUACUUACAUUUAGCCUUAACAAGAGGUGAAAAUUCCUUAAAUUAACAAGAAGCAAUCAUUGCGAGCACUUCAUAAUGCUAAAUUUAUUUACAUUUACAAGGAUAUACAUCAUAGAAACAAAUUUUGCUAAAGAGUUUAAAUUGUACAAUUGUUGGUCUUCUAUACUUCUAUUGUAAUAAUACAGUCUAGUUAUUUUACUCUUGGUUUAAUAAAAAUGACAUACAAUUUAUUUCAUCUACUAAAACAGCACUAUCUGCUUAUAUUUACAUAGUAUAUCAACUCUAAAAGUUAAAGGAGCUUUAUGCCUUAGCUCUCCGAUCACACCAUUAUAGACUGAAAGUAGGACAUAAAGCAGAAAUGUGAAAUUUAAAUUGUGUAUCAUUUCUUAUACUGCUAAAAUCAACACGUAAAGGGAUCAUUGCUUCAAUUAUGGGUACAGUCAUGCAACCCUCAUCUAUGUAAGUAGUUUUUACUCACACUAGUACUCCCCCUCCAGCCCAUGGGACUGCUGAUAUGAGUAAGGGUUUGCGAGAUGGGGCCCAUAAAUGGUUUAAUGGCAGUGUUGCCAAUGCACAUGAUUUAAACACUUUUGUUUUCAUUUGGUGACACCAACAUCCUAUGCUGAAUCAUGAUGAUUUUCUGCAAUAUCUAGAAGGGAUUUUUUAAAGCUUUAAAUGUCAUCAGAUAGGCAGCACGUCUCCUAAGGGCUGUCUGUAUACCUGACUGUAGUGGCUUGGUGACUGUUACAAGCAGUUAUGUCUAAAUGAUCAACUGUAAUCUGGUUUUGUUUUUAUUGAAAGUAGACGAUCACUUUGCUAGGUGUAGAGUUCAUCACUCUGAAUUUAUAGUUUUACACUGAAACCUACAUGAUGUGUUCAGGUUUGGUUGAAAUGUCCAGAUCAGAUAUUUGCAAUAAAAAUACAAACUAGAGAUCAUUGACUUCAGUGCUGCUAGCAAUGUGAAAAAUAUACAUCUCACUAACCAAUUGUUAAACUAUUGGCUGAUCCAUAUUUGGGAUUUUUCUUUUUACCAAGCUAAUAAAAGCAGUGCAAAAAAUUCUAAAACUCACUUUUGUAGUCUUGGUUAUAGUCACAUACCAUACGAUUCAAAGCAUUCUCUGGCAAACAUCUAGAGUACUGUGUUCCACUAAACUUAGCAAAUUAGACAACAUUACUCCUUAAUUCUGCACUGAUAAAAAAACUUCAAAUUAUUUUCAAAGGCAUCAGAGCUGCUUUGGAGAAGAAAUAUAUAGUCUAUCGUUACUACAAAAUCCCCCGUGGUUGCUGUUGCUUUUCUUCUAAAAGCUAAUCAAAUUAUUGAAAAAUAGUGGCAACAAGAAAAAAAGAUAACUAGAUCCAAGAUUUAAAAAUUAAUUCUUUUAUGUCAAAAAGAGUUGGAAGUAUAAUCUAUUGAAAUGCUAAUGCAUACAGAAUUAAAAUAGGAAAGUUUGACAUUACCCAAUUAAAAAUAUUUUCAAAACAAAUCCAUAAACAUUAAAACGGUUAAACCCUUCUUUGAUCAACAAAGUUUUCUUUACAAUAUCAUUUAUAUUCAGCCCAUUAAAUGUUAAAUAAUAUCUGGAGCUUUAAUAAUCUGAUAGUACAGUGCAUACAUUUUUUGAAGAUUUUAUACAUUUCUUUUUACUACAAUAUCUCUAUCUAUAUUAUACUGAUUAUAGCAGCUCUGAACCAGUGUGAUUCAGAAUAAAAGCAACUGAUCACUUAACACUGUAAACAACAACUCUCAUUGGCAUCUGAUAACAAAAGGAAUUGUUAUCUGGCUUAACAAGAGUCAUGUGUAUAACACAGAAAUAGACUACAUUUUGUAAAGCUGGCCUAUCUACCAGAAGCAAGAAAUAGCACUCUGGUUUUUUUCCUGGAUAAAUUGAAAGCACACUGGAUUCUUAAUUUAAAAAUAAAUUUGCUUAAACAAACCAGAGGAAAAUAUUCCGAGUCUGACACUUCAGAGAGGUUCUUACAGACAUCACCAUGCAAAUACUGGUGGAUUUUUAGCAGUUGGAUGUGGCGCUGACUAUGUCAAUUUAGCACGGUGACCUUGUCAACACAGUCAUUUGCUACAGUACUAAAGGAAGCAAAUCGUUUCAUUUUUUUCUUUCUCCUUACAGCUACCAUAAUUGCAUGUACUGAGUGCUAGGCAAACACACGAAGACUGGAUUUCAUACAUUCAUUCAGUGCAUUUCUUUUACCAGUAUAUCUGCAGCGGUGGAAGCAGCCAUCCAAAUAUAGGAUGCACCUAUUGAUGACAGCUAGGCUUUAAAUUGGAAAUGUAAUCAACUCAGUUGUUUUUAAGUAAGCUAUAUGUUUAAAUUAAGUCAUGAGUUAAAAUAAAGAUACACAAGCCGUCCUUUUUCAUUUAAUGUAAUGAAACAGGUAGUUUCAUUAGAAUGAUUAGAAACACAUCUCCACAUUUCAUGUUAAAUAUAUCUGAUAGUCUUUGUUUCUUUUAAAAAAAACAGCAUGUUAAAGAGCUAAUGCACAAUGUGUUGAUAUAUGGUCAGCAUUUUGCACUAUUUAACAUAUGUCUGACUUUCCCAAGAUAUUAAUAUACAAAAGAGACAAGGAUAUGAGCUGCAGGAGAUACUUUCAGUUACUAGUUAAAAAAACAAAACAAAAAAUAUAUGGAGGCAAUUUUCACUCUGUCAAGUACAGAGGUCCCGCAGAAGGCCCUAUGCACUGCUUUGGUCAUAUACUAAGGGUAUGAUCUAAAACAUUGCUGCAAGGUCCCCUUAAAUCCCAUUAAAGUCAGUGAUUGUGGCGGGCACUCAGCACCUUGCAAGACUGUCUCCAUGAGGCUUCAUUGGUGCAUGGGCCCUCUUCCCUUGAGCAAAAUUAACCUAUAUUGUGUCAUUAGGAAUAGGCAGGAGAUCUUAAUAAUUUGUAAAGCAUUUGAUAGGCUCUAUCUGGAUAAUUAUUUCCAGUAAUUUUUUAUUCAAUGACAUCCUGAUAAGACCUCUCCUUUUUGAAAAUGAGUCCAUUCAUAACCCGAGGUCUGUUGCAUUCUGAAUCAAUGAACUAAGACUAUGAAAACCCACCAUGCCUGAUAGGAAAAUACUAUUACAUUAGUUCAUGCUCAUUUUGCCUUUUCCCCUCCCUGUUUCUCUUUAGAAGUAUUGCUAUUUUUCCUCAAACUUAUGGUGUGUCCUACUGCCCAUAAAAUUGUAUGAGACGUGGCCAAUAUUAUGGAGUGUAAACACCAGGAAGUAGAGUAUGCCUUGAGUACAUGCUCGGGGUAACACCAGACCAGGUCUAGAGUUGAUUGAAUUAAAAGUGACAUAUCCAGGGAGGAAAGGUAGAUAUAAUCAGUAAGGGAGAAGAAUGAUGCUUAAAACACUUGCUGAGGAAAGUCAGUCACGUGAUAGGCCUGUCUCAUGCUGCCCGUUGGAAUCCUUUAUUGCUGACAGAGCAGAACACUAGAAAGUACGUGGAUUGAGCCAGGGAUUGUUGUUCUGGGGAAUAGCUCCUUUUAAGAUGGGUAGCAAAAGCUGGGCAAGUGAGAGGAGCUAAUCUAGCAUGUAUUAUUUCUUUAUUAUAAACUAUCCCAGCCAAACAGUUCCACUUUAUUUGGCUGUUCAUAAAAUGCAACUAUUUUGCUUUACUACAUUGGUGGAUCUAACACAUUGAAUAAUACACUUUUACUUACAAGAGCCCUGAAUUAAAAACUGAAGCAGUAUCCCUUGUGAUGUGCCCCAGAUUCCAAUGGCUUUAUGCAUACCCUCCACUUUGCAUCACAUGAGCCCAGAUAGAAAUGUGUUUGCUUCCAAUGAAAUUGGCAGGAAAAUUAAUCCAAAGAUUUCUUAUCUUUAAAUGUAUGCUCUGUCUUACCAGCUCAGUUCCUUCUGUGACAUUUCACUUUAUGGACAUUUCAGGCUCUCUCGAAUUCAGAAGAUCAUUCUGCCCUCUUCCCCCAUUACAUUUUUCCUCUAAAGAUUUGCCUCAGCAUUUUCUUUGAGUAUAUCCUUUACUUUGUGAAAUGUAAACUUGGUCAGGAGCAAGAUGUUCCAUGUCUCUAGUGAACCUCUUCAUGCAAGAACACUCAACUUUUUCUCCCUAGCUUCCUGGGAGACAGUCACCUCUACCAGAAGAGUCAGUGGUUUGUCUAAUCCUCUUGGCACUGUUCGUUUUGAGUCAAACAUCUUAAAAAUAAAAAGUGGAAUUUCUGUCAUGCAGGAAAUUUUGAGAUUUUAAAAUUUGGAUUCAUCCUGAAUUAGGAAAAUAGUCAAAAUUUUGGAAUUUUUUUAGGACGUG